UCUCCCACUUUGGUCAUCCUAUAUUUUAUUUUAUUUUAUUUUCUCACGUAUUCCACGCGUUACAGCAAAAAUCUGUACUUAAUUCUUCAAUUUCACGCCCAGUUGGCAAACAAACUCCUUCAUAAAGUCACCAUCAAACACUCAAGCAAAUCCACAAAAUAAAACAUACCCAGCACUUGUAAUAAUCCCUACUACAUAAGCUGACGCAAAAGACAGGUUCUUGGUUAGUGUUGGGUGAGAUUUGAAGUAAACGCCACCGAAAAUGCACGCCAAGACAGACUCAGAGGUUACAAGCCUUGCCCCAUCAUCGCCAACGAGGUCCCCGCGGCGUCCAGUUUACUACGUGCAGAGCCCUUCACGUGAUUCUCACGAUGGAGAAAAGACUACCACGUCGUUCCAUUCCACGCCGGUGCUCAGCCCCAUGGGAUCACCACCGCACUCCCAUUCCUCCGUGGGUCGCCACUCGCGGGAGUCCUCAUCGAGUCGGUUUUCAGGGUCGCUUAAACCCGGAUCCCGCAAGAUCUCUCCGAACGACGCGUCUUCUAGGGGAGCACAUAGGAAGGGACAUAAGCAGUGGAAAGAAUGUGAUGUGAUCGAAGAAGAAGGGCUCCUUGAAGAUGAAGAGCGUGAUAAGGGACUCCCUCGAAGAUGUUAUUUUCUAGCUUUUGUUCUUGGCUUCUUUAUUCUGUUCUCUAUGUUUUCUUUGAUUCUCUGGGGAGCUAGCAGGCCCCAGAAACCCAAGGUCACAAUGAAGAGUAUAACAUUUGAGCAAUUCAAGAUCCAAGCUGGUUCGGAUGCCACAGGUGUGGCAACUGAUAUGAUCUCCAUGAAUUCCACAGUGAAAAUGAUUUAUCGUAACACUGGAACAUUUUUUGGCGUCCAUGUCACAUCAACUCCUCUAGAUCUGUCAUUUUCUCAGAUCCCCAUUGCUUCAGGAACCAUGAAGAAAUUUUAUCAAUCAAGGAAGAGCCAAAGGUCUGUAUCUGUAACGGUUAUGGGAAACAAGGUUCCUUUGUACGGAAGUGGAGCAAGUUUGAGCAGUUCAACGGGCACAACAACGCUUCCAGUUUCACUUAAACUGAACUUCAUUGUCCAUUCAAGAGCUUACAUCUUAGGCAAAUUGGUUAAGCCAAAGUUCUACAAGAAAAUCGAAUGUGACAUAACUUUCGAUCCCAGUAAACUCAAUGUUCCCAUUUCACUCAAGAAUUCUUGCACAUACGAUUGAUAGAUCGAAUAACAUGGAAAACACGUCGAAGUGGCUUCCCCCCCCCCCCCCUUUUUUUUUCUUCUUUAAUUUGUUAUUCUUCUUUUGUUGACGAUAAGUGGGAAAUGAAUGGGAUACAGCUAAGCAGACAGGCCUGGAGAUGUCUAGUCAGGGAGUAAGGAACGCGGUUGUGGACUUAUUGGGGCUGCCUGUGUGCCCAAUGAGUGAGAACCACAUACGUUUGAUUCGGUGGUGACUUGUGAGUUAUGGCUUUUUAUUAUUUUUUU